AUGUGGAAUCUCAAUGAUUCUCCAGAUCAAGCAAGGGCUGAUAAAUCCAAGGGUUAUUCGGAUGACAAGCUUAAAGGGAUCGGAUCUGUGUCUAAUUCAAGCUCGUCGGCGGUGGUUAUCGAGGAUGCUUCUGAAGAUGAAGUUGCAGAAAGAGGUAGAAAGAAGAGCAGCAAAAUAUUUGGGUUUUCUGUGGCUCACAACGAUGAUGACACGGAUCCAUGCUCUUCGGAGUGUGAACGGCCGUUGACCCGGCAGUUCUUUCCGGUCGAUGAGUCUGAAACUGGGGCUACAUCAAGCGACCGACCACACAAUUUCCCACAAGCUCAAUGGUUUGGAAUUAAAUUGUCCAAGUCUGAACCCCACGGCGGUGGUGGGCGUGGAUUUGGGAAGUCUGCGGCGGAGGUCACACAGCCUCUCAAGAAAAGUCGACGGGGGCCUAGGUCUCGUAGCUCUCAAUAUCGUGGGGUUACCUUUUAUCGGAGGACUGGCCGGUGGGAAUCACACAUAUGGGAUUGUGGAAAGCAAGUUUAUUUGGGUGGAUUUGAUACAGCACACGCGGCAGCUCGCGCAUAUGAUAGGGCAGCCAUUAAGUUCCGGGGAAUGGAAGCAGACAUAAACUUUAAUCUAGAAGAUUACGAAGAAGACCUAAAACAGACAAGCAAUUUAACAAAGGAAGAAUUUGUGCAUGCACUUCGACGACAAAGUACUGGAUUUCCAAGAGGGAGCUCCAAGUAUAGAGGUGUUACUUUGCACAAAUGUGGUAGAUGGGAAGCUAGAAUGGGCCAGUUCCUAGGCAAAAAAUAUGUUUAUCUGGGUCUGUUUGAUUCUGAAAUCGAAGCUGCCAGGGCUUAUGAUAAAGCCGCAGUCAAGUGUAAUGGAAAGGAUGCUGUGACAAAUUUUGAUCCCAGCAUUUAUGAUGAAGAACUCAAAGGUGCAGAAUCUUCUAACAAUGCAGCAGAUCAUAAUCUAGACUUGAGUUUGGGGAAUACUGCUUCAAAGCAUGGCAGCAGAGAAUUGGAAGAUGAAAGUCGUGAUCAGCAUUGUUCGACAAUGCCAUUUGAAUUUGAUUCGCGACUCCAGGGAUCAAGAUCUGAGCUUAAUUUCGAGAAUCAACCUGGACAAGUUGACAGAAGAGAUGUAUAUAAUAAUGAAACUGAUACUUUACAGUUUCUAAGCCAAACGCACCUGCAUUCUCCUGGUUUAUUGAAGGUUAACGAAUUGCACCGAUAUGGACAGUUCAUGAAAUGUAACGAGCCCCGAAUGCAACAAAUGUUCUCAUGUCCGUUUGGCUCACAAGGUUAUCGAAUUCAGUUUCCGAGCGGCAGCAAUGACUGCGGAAUUAGAGGCAACGGAGAGGAGAUUUCUGUCUCAACAAAUGAUCUGCAACGGCAAACAAAUUCUCCUCAAUUAUUUGCUACUGCUGCAGCAUCAUCAGGAUUCGGACAGCAAAUACUUAGACCCAAAAUUGGCUGCAGAAAAGUAGUGUCCACUCACUUACAAGCCCCUCAUAGCUGA